UUUGUUUCGAAGGAGCGCUUUUUUUAACAAUUUCUUCUAUAACGUGCAUUGAGGUCGAACCUGCACUUCAUUGCAUACAGCCUACUUUGAUUCAAGAAACUAUAGACUGCAUAUAAUAAGAGCUGGCCGGUAAAAUCUAGCAAAACCUUCUUUUCAUUCUUUCAACGUCACUGUCAUACUAAUUUUGACUCUAUUGUUACUGCUUCUGUAUUCUUUGUGUUAUAAUUUUGUGAUAUAGAUAUUACAAAUAAUUGUUGGAUAUGUAUCUUUAACUGUAAGUAACUCAGUCCUUUUUAAUUAUGCAUUACUAGUUCUUGUUAUUCGCUCUUUGGGGGAGGCCUACGUUCCGCAGUGGAUGGUGAUAGGCUGAGAUGAUGAUGAUGAUGAACCAAAUUUGAUGCUACUAUCGAUUAUUUAUUACUAGCUUGAAAUCUCCUCCUGUUGAGUUUGUCCAGCUAAUUUGUAUUAUAUAACUUUCGCUAGUAAUUUUACUAUUAUCAAUUAAACAUUUACAGAUCAGAGAAAGAUAAAGAAGGAAUCAUGGGUGACCACGCCCAUAAGUACGAUUAUUCAUCUGACAGCUUUACAUCCGUGUCUAAAGGCGUCAGCUUAGGAGACCCCAAAUUUAAUUUGCAAUUAGUGUAUAAGAAAGAUCCUCCUACCGGGCGACCACUGAUAAUGUCCUCAAAACACGACAGACUUGCGUUCUACAGAGCGUACUCAUCGUCGUCGACGAAGACAGAAAUUGUUCCAACACAAUCGGUCAACAUAAAUAGUUUCCUGUGGCUUUAUACACUUAACCUUUUAUUCAAGAGCUUACCGCACGGUUUUGUACAUUUUUUUAUCGCAGCCUACGCGCCAGAGGAACACAUGUUUGUAACUAAAAUGGUCCCUUUUUCUACGGGAGCGAUUGUCCUGAUUUCAGGUUUAAAAUACUUAUUUACGAUGGUCGGAUUUUUUGAAUUAUUAUCAGUUGUGGACUUAAGCGUGAUGCUGUUUCACUACUCGCUUGCGGGUAUGUUACUGAAAAAUCCUUGGAACAGAUGCCCAACACCAAGCGUUUACCACGACAACACUUUAAACGUUACUAUGCGCUGUCUGGAGCUACAUGACUUUGCGCAUAUGUUCGAGAACAGAUCCUACGAAUACGCCAAUUUUACUUUUGUCUAUGAGAAAGAUUAUCAUUUUCAAGUGGCACAAAUUGAAUACUAUAGGUAUAAAUCUCUUUUUUACUUUUAUCACUUUUGUGAAGUGGAUUCGUUAUGGGGAUGGACCAAAAUAAACGAAAUUGAAAUGGUUGCCGGUAUAUUGGACAUAGUUGAAUUCAUAAUUUUAUGGUCAGCUAUAACAAUUUUUCACCUUCAAACGUCAUCGAAAUACUUUUGGAAGCUUCUUAACUGGUCGCAAUGGUCGAUUAAUAUUGUAGACCUGAUGAAUAUGGGGUAUUUGACUCUGAUGCACUACAGUCAGCAUGAGGAAUACAGGUUGGCUAAGAGAGGGGGUGAAGAGGAAACCAGAAGUCAAAUUACGUUAGCUAACAUACAAAUGCUUGCGGAAUCUAUAACGGCUCCAUCGAUAGUUCACGUUUUGACUUCUAGAAGCGUUCAAGAGAUAGAUCCCGCGAGGGACAGUACAACAAUGGUGAUAUCAAACGCGGUCCUAUUUAUCUUCAGGGGGUUGCUAGGAAACAGUGUAAAACAUUAUUGCGAGACGAUGUGUCACACCGAAAUACCGAUCACACAAUUUAAUCAACAUUCUUGGUUUUACUUUUGGCCUAUGUAUUGGACAUCGUUCUACUUGGGAGAUAUAUUCAGUUUACUCUACCUGAUGUUAAAUCUUCUGAAUGAAGUAUUGAUUACUACUGUCAUAUACAAAUGUGUUGUUGAAUGCAUUAUUUACGAAUGGAAAAGAGUAAGACGUUGGAUGGUCAUGCUUGCGUUUGCUAUUUUUGGCUUGGUUGGGCACAUAUUUAUUACAGUUGAUGAUCGAGUCAUUCUUUGGAUAUACGGCAAAGGCAUUGCAACUUUAUCGGAGACAAUAUUUCUUUAUGUGUUGUACCCAGUUGGGCGCCUCGUAGAUGAUUUCAUAUUCCACUAUGGCGUUGCUCCUACGAAUUUCAGAAUAAUGAGUUUGCGUCUUGUACCUGUCUAUUAUUUGAUCAAACUGUAUUUAUCAAUUGAGUCGCUCUGGGAGGUACUGGCGUCAGGUACUACGAUCACACAUUACAUGUGGACGUGGACCGUAAUGGUCGUCCCUAUUUUAAUCGGCAAUUUGUAUAUCAUAUAUAGAUACCUGGGUGUCUACAAAAUGACUUGGAAUUACAUUUUCCGGCCUUUAUGUAAUUGGGGACCUCGAGAUUUUACUGUAAGGCAAUUGAGGAAGCAGUUCGAUUCAAGACACUACAUCGGAUCCGAAGCUCCGAAACUUCUAAGCCGCUACCUGAUGUCGAAGAGAGAGUCUAAAAUCUACAAGAUCGAUGUUCGUUACGAUUUUGCCAGACGGUCCACAGUUUACAGGAGUAUGCCUGUCAGAUUUGGUGUUGAAGAAAGAAAGUUUAAUGAUUGAACGUUGAAGGUAUAAUCGGAAACAAAUUAUUAAGGCUUAUGUUGUCUGUUCGUCUUUCACUAGUUUAUAUAAAAUGAAACGUGAUUAGAAGAUAUUUAAAAUUUUCACAAACUAUUUUAAUAUAUU